AUGUAUCUGAAUGGAGCACCCCUGCUGUUCCUCAUCGCCAUCUCCACUCUCGGCGUCUCUCGUACUCAGAACCCACAGGCCUUCCAAAGGAAACACAUGACACUGCUGGACAACAUAGACCACAACAAGUGUAACAGCGAGAUGCGCAACAAGAGGAUCUCCCUGACUCGGAGCGGAUGCAAGCCGCUCAAUACGUUCAUCCAUGCCCCCAAGAAACUUAUCAAUCACGCUUGCAUGGCGGGUAACUCUUACGUGAUCAAGAAUGUGGAAUAUAAGAAGAGUCCCAGCAAACUCCGGGUCACUACCUGCAGGCUGUCUGAAGAAUACCCCAAGGAUUGCAAGUACCUCGCAGAAGCCAGCAGCUGGAAAUACAUUGUUAUUUCUUGUGACCAGAAUAACCAGCCUGUCCACCUGGCAGGGACAUUAAACUGGUGA